GAUCGAUUACCACCGGGGUCAGCGUUAUCUAGGACGCAAUUUCCCCUUACCUCGAGUUUGCCCUGAUUCCUUUUUCAAAAUAUUCCUUGACUACACCUGCGUCUCUUCUUACCAUCUUCCUCAUUUCUUGAGUAUGCACUUCGUUCGCUUCUUUGCGUAUAUUGCUUUUUGUCUUUCUGUUGCGCGUGCGUUCAGUGUAUCUGUUGGGACUCCCACUCAAUGCGAUCCUCUCACAAUUUCAUGGACUGGUGGGCAAGCACCAUUUGAGAUAAUCUUAACUCCCUCCUUGGCAAUGUAUCAGAAUUAUUCUGUACCAGCAUCAGCCUUCAGCAAUGGCAAAGGCUCUUAUUCAAUAUCGCAGUUGUUGUUAUCGACGGGAACAUCGUUUCUACUCACUAUGUCUGACGCCACCGGAUUUGGUUCGGGUGGGACGACAAACCAAUUAAUUGUUGGGAAUCCGGUUGCAAAUAACAGCUGCAGUACUACGGUUUUGUCUCCUCCUUACACGUUCCAGUUGUCGCCACUCCCGCUGACACAAUGCAGUCAAUUUACCGUUGCGGCAGAUAGCAGUGCAGUCCUGCCAAUUACUAUUGUGCAACUUAUUCCUAGCGGACAACCAGUCGUAUCCUAUUCGAAUAGUGACACUUUUGCCUCGGUUGUAAACGUUAACCAGGGGACGAACCUCCUGUAUUUUGUCACCGACUCCACGGGUAGACAAGGUGGUGUCUCUGGGUUCCAGCAGGUCUUAGGGUCGAGUACUUCCUCUUGCCUAAACGCCAACUCGCCAUCAUCCACUAUAGGGAUAUCGUCCACAUCCACGGCUUCACCGACAUCUGGUUCAAGUAGUUCACCAAGCAGUUCAAGCAGUCCAUCAAGCAGUCCAUCAGGUAGUCCAUCAAGUAAUUCAUCACACAGCAAUGUUGCUAUUAUCGCAGGCGCCGCGGGCGGCGGUGGCGGGGCGGUCCUUAUUGCAUUGGUCAUACUAGGCAUGUGCCUGUGGCGUAGACGGAGAGCGUCUCGCUCUCCGGAUGUUCAGCCUCCUACAACAAACUAUCCACGUCAACUACAGCGUACAGAUCCAAAAUAUGAAGCUGGCCCUUAUAGUAACGCUCCGUCACAAUUCUCUUUCCCAUACGAGACAAACCCCCUCAGCUACCAUACCCGAUCCAUUCAACCCAGCCUAGGAACUCAAUCAGACUUGACCAAUUUAUCCGCGAGCAAUUUUGCAGCCGGCCCCCCUCCCUCAUCAUUCAACCACGCACAACAUUCGCGCCAGAGCUCCAACACAGACUCUCAUGUCUACGGGGAUGCUCGAAGUUCGGCCAUGUCAUCCGCUUAUAACCAAAUGUCUCAACCAAUGUCAGCAGAUUACCCAUUACAAUACCCUGUUGGUUACCCUCCCGUUCGACCCGGCAGUCAAUCACCCCCUCUUAGUACGUCUACCGGGAACUUCACAGCCAGCGACCGCCCCACGCUGCAUUCACGCCAAAGCUCAAACGCAGACUUUGCUGCGUAUGGAGACACUCGAAGUUCAGCUGCUAUGUCAUCUGUUGACAGACGAAUGGCUACCGUCGCUGAAACACCAUUACCAUUACCAUGGGAGACAGGUUCUGUUAGCUACCAUGGUCCACCCAUUCAACUCGGAUCCCAACCAAACCCUGUUAAUGCGCCUGUCGCCAACUUGGCGGUCAGGGACCCUCCCACACCCUUCAAUCAGACACAGCCUUCGCACAAGAACUCUUACACAGACUUUGCUGUCUAUGGAGACGCCCGAACAUCAGAUAUGACGCCCGUCGAGCAUAUGGCUACGGGGGCUCGACCAGCAUCGCCAUUACCACGCAAGACAAACCUUGUCUACCUUACUCCACCCGUUGAACCCGGAUCCCAAUCAAUAUCUAUUUCUGCCGGCAAAAUCGCAGUUAACAACCCUCCCACACCCUUCAAUCAAACACAGAAUUCCCGUCAGGGCCCCGACACAGACAGCUUAGCUGUGUACGGAACAUCUGGAAGUCGACCUGUGGCGUCGGCUAGCGCCGCAACGGCAGCUGGUCAAACAGCCUACCAACCCCCUACUCAAUUCAUUGUGCAUACCGACGCUGAUGAUGUUGUGCCAGAUGCCAAUGGUUUAGUUGAACUUCCGCCGCAGUAUUCAGAGCAUCGGGGAGUCCAUGCCUGAGUCUGCAUCGUGACCUACAUUCCCACGUUCUUGAGUCUUCGGACGUGGGUAUGCCUGUAGCGCAUUCGUUUCAUUUUGUUGGAGUGUCUUGUCUUCAUAAAUGAAGUACAAAGGCAUCGUGCUCUUAUUUUUAAUUGGAAAAAGUGAACC